CUCACCAUUCCCUUAUUUCUUAUUCAGAGCUUUUGAUCAUCUUACUAGGUGGCGUUGCUCUUUUUAAGGCAUUCAUAUAUGCUCAUGUCGUCUCUCUUUCGAAUCGGGCAAGUUCUUAAGGGUAGAAUUGGGAAGUACACCAUUACGAAAGAGGUGCAAGAGGCUGUUUGGUUUGCGAAAAACCAAGUGCAAGAAACCGUGGUAAUCAAAAGCGUUCAAGAUCAUCCAAGAAUAGAAAAUGAACGAGACGUCCUCAAACGGUUCCAACAUCGUACUCACUGCCUUCGACCCUUAGUUGAUGAGAUCCAGGAGCCUUCUGCCCCUGUAACCAUUGCCCUGAGGUAUCUGGAGAGUGAUCUUUUGGAUGCAUCGAUCAAGAAAACUUUGAACCGAAAGGAGCUCAAGCACGUUUCUCGAUGCAUCCUAGAAGCAUUAAAGGUUCUCCACGAGGAUGGUUAUGUGCAUACCGAUCUCAAACCUGACAACGUUUUUGUCAACUUCCGAGAAGGUGACAUUCGAUUUUCCGACGUCCAACUUGGAGAUCUAGGCGGAUGUUACCCCGUUGAUUCGGAUUGGGCCACAUCCGGAACACUGGUCGGAGCGCCGAUGUGGUCAAGUCCGGAGGUCAUCUUAGAAAUGCCAUGGAACACGGCAACAAAUAUAUGGUCAUUCGGUGCUGUGCUCAUAAGCUUGAUCUACGGCGGGGACUUCAAUCUUUUCCGACCUAAAGGCGUGGAUCGAGACCACGAAGAAUACUUGCUGGAAGUUCUCAAGGAACAAUUCCGCUACUUUGCCCCAUUCCCUGCGAAGUUUGAGGAGGUUACUAGCCCAGAAACCAUUAACUCGAUCUUGUAUUUGAUGCAAGAAAUCCCUCAAGAAAAGACUACGCCAUUUUCCCGGACGACUGAAAGGGAAGUCAUCAAGAAGGAUAAGGACUUCAUUAGGAAGAUCAUGAUGCUCGACUGGAGGGAUCGACCUACCGCAAAGGAGCUGCUAGAGGAUGAGUGGUGGAAGGAUGACGAAGAUACUGCGGUGAUAUGGUCGCGCUUAUCGGCGUCGCUUUUAUGGCCGGACUCCCUGAAUACUAAUAUCAGCCUCCAGGGUCGCAGCAUUAAUAAGAAAGCGCUCUUACCUGGAGCAGACCUCCUUUGUGGCCCCGGGGAGUUUACCACCCCAGCUUCCGAGUGAUUCCUCCAGAACACCGCCAACUUUUCGGCCACAGCGUCAGGGCGCUUCCACUGUGAGGUUUCGGUCGCAGUGGAGACCACGACGGACUUUCCGUCUUUGACGAUAGUGGAGACGAUCUUCUUCGAAAUGACCUUGUUGAUGGAGGACAUGGUGAAUGAGAGUUUGUCCAGAGCUUCAAAAAAACCGUUGCUUUGUGCGGGAACGGGAAAUAGACAAUUGCUUAGGAAAUAUUGGAUAAACGUUAAGUAACUGUUAGAUUCUGAUUGACCUAACGAAGAAACGAG